AUGAGAGGAUUAAAGGGAUGGAAGCAGAAACAGCAACAGCAACAGCAGGUGGCAGCAGCAGCAGCAGCAGCAGCAGCAGCAGCAGCAGCAGCAGCAGCAGCAGCAGCAGCAGCAGCAGCAGCAGCAGCAGCAGCAGCAGCAGCAGCAGCAGCAGCAGCAGCAGCAGCAGCAGCAGCAGCAGCAGCAGCAGCAGCAGCAGCAGCAGCAGCAGCAGCAGCAGCAGCAGCAGCAGCAGCAGCAGCAGCAGCAGCAGCAGCAGCAGCAGCAGCAGCAGCAGCAGCAGCAGCAGCAGCAGCAGCAGCAGCAGCAGCAGCAGCAGCAGCAGCAGCAGCAGCAGCAGCAGCAGCAGCAGCAGCAGCAGCAGCAGCAGCAGCAGCAGCAGCAGCAGCAGCAGCAGCAGCAGCAGCAGCAGCAGCAGCAGCAGCAGCAGCAGCAGCAGCAGCAGCAGCAGCAGCAGCAGCAGCAGCAGCAGCAGCAGCAGCAGCAGCAGCAGCAGCAGCAGCAGCAGCAGCAGCAGCAGCAGCAGCAGCAGCAGCAGCAGCAGCAGCAGCAGCAGCAGCAGCAGCAGCAGCAGCAGCAGCAGCAGCAGCAGCAGCAGCAGCAGCAGCAGCAGCAGCAGCAGCAGCAGCAGCAGCAGCAGCAGCAGCAGCAGCAGCAGCAGCAGCAGCAGCAGCAGCAGCAGCAGCAGCAGCAGCAGCAGCAGCAGCAGCAGCAGCAGCAGCAGCAGCAGCAGCAGCAGCAGCAGCAGCAGCAGCAGCAGCAGCAGCAGCAGCAGCAGCAGCAGCAGCAGCAGCAGCAGCAGCAGCAGCAGCAGCAGCAGCAGCAGCAGCAGCAGCAGCAGCAGCAGCAGCAGCAGCAGCAGCAGCAGCAGCAGCAGCAGCAGCAGCAGCAGCAGCAGCAGCAGCAGCAGCAGCAGCAGCAGCAGCAGCAGCAGCAGCAGCAGCAGCAGCAGCAGCAGCAGCAGCAGCAGCAGCAGCAGCAGCAGCAGCAGCAGCAGCAGCAGCAGCAGCAGCAGCAGCAGCAGCAGCAGCAGCAGCAGCAGCAGCAGCAGCAGCAGCAGCAGCAGCAGCAGCAGCAGCAGCAGCAGCAGCAGCAGCAGCAGCAGCAGCAGCAGCAGCAGCAGCAGCAGCAGCAGCAGCAGCAGCAGCAGCAGCAGCAGCAGCAGCAGCAGCAGCAGCAGCAGCAGCAGCAGCAGCAGCAGCAGCAGCAGCAGCAGCAGCAGCAGCAGCAGCAGCAGCAGCAGCAGCAGCAGCAGCAGCAGCAGCAGCAGCAGCAGCAGCAGCAGCAGCAGCAGCAGCAGCAGCAGCAGCAGCAGCAGCAGCAGCAGCAGCAGCAGCAGCAGCAGCAGCAGCAGCAGCAGCAGCAGCAGCAGCAGCAGCAGCAGCAGCAGCAGCAGCAGCAGCAGCAGCAGCAGCAGCAGCAGCAGCAGCAGCAGCAGCAGCAGCAGGCAGCAGCAGCAGCAGCAGCAGCAGCAGCAGCAGCAGCAGCAGCAGCAGCAGCAGCAGCAGCAGCAGCAGCAGCAGCAGCAGCAGCAGCAGCAGCAGCAGCAGCAGCAGCAGCAGCAGCAGCAGCAGGCAGCAGCAGCAGCGCAGCAGCAGCAGCAGGCAGCAGCAGCAGCAGCAGCAGCAGCAGGCAGCAGCAGCAGCAGCAGCAGCAGCAGCAGCAGCAGCAGCAGCAGCAGCAGCAGCAGCAGCAGCAGCAGCAGCAGCAGCAGCAGCAGCAGCAGCAGCAGCAGCAGCAGCAGCAGCAGCAGCAGCAGCAAGCAGCAGCAGCAGCAGCAGCAAGCAGCAGGCAGCAGCAGCAGCAGCAGGCAGCAGGAGGGCAGCAGCAGCAGCAGCAGCAGCAGCAGCAGCAGAAGCAGCAGCAGCAGCAGCAGCAGCAGCAGCAGCAGCAGCAGCAGCAGCAGCAGCAGCAGCAGCAGCAGCAGCAGCAGCAGCAGCAGCAGCAGCAGCAGCAGCAGCAGCAGCAGCAGCAGCAGCAGCAGCAGCAGCAGCAGCAGCAGCAGCAGCAGCAGCAGCAGCAGCAGCAGCAGCAGCAGCAGCAGCAGCAGCAGCAGCAGCAGCAGCAGCAGCAGCAGCAGCAGCAGCAGCAGCAGCAGCAGCAGCAGCAGCAGCAGCAGCAGCAGCAGCAGCAGCAGCAGCAGCAGCAGCAGCAGCAGCAGCAGCAGCAGCAGCAGCAGCAGCAGCAGCAGCAGCAGCAGCAGCAGCAGCAGCAGCAGCAGCAGCAGCAGCAGCAGCAGCAGCAGCAGCAGCAGCAGCAGCAGCAGCAGCAGCAGCAGCAGCAGCAGCAGCAGCAGCAGCAGCAGCAGCAGCAGCAGCAGCAGCAGCAGCAGCAGCAGCAGCAGCAGCAGCAGCAGCAGCAGCAGCAGCAGCAGCAGCAGCAGCAGCAGCAGCAGCAGCAGCAGCAGCAGCAGCAGCAGCAGCAGCAGCAGCAGCAGCAGCAGCAGCAGCAGCAGCAGCAGCAGCAGCAGCAGCAGCAGCAGCAGCAGCAGCAGCAGCAGCAGCAGCAGCAGCAGCAGCAGCAGCAGCAGCAGCAGCAGCAGCAGCAGCAGCAGCAGCAGCAGCAGCAGCAGCAGCAGCAGCAGCAGCAGCAGCAGCAGCAGCAGCAGCAGCAGCAGCAGCAGCAGCAGCAGCAGCAGCAGCAGCAGCAGCAGCAGCAGCAGCAGCAGCAGCAGCAGCAGCAGCAGCAGCAGCAGCAGCAGCAGCAGCAGCAGCAGCAGCAGCAGCAGCAGCAGCAGCAGCAGCAGCAGCAGCAGCAGCAGCAGCAGCAGCAGCAGCAGCAGCAGCAGCAGCAGCAGCAGCAGCAGCAGCAGCAGCAGCAGCAGCAGCAGCAGCAGCAGCAGCAGCAGCAGCAGCAGCAGCAGCAGCAGCAGCAGCAGCAGCAGCAGCAGCAGCAGCAGCAGCAGCAGCAGCAGCAGCAGCAGCAGCAGCAGCAGCAGCAGCAGCAGCAGCAGCAGCAGCAGCAGCAGCAGCAGCAGCAGCAGCAGCAGCAGCAGCAGCAGCAGCAGCAGCAGCAGCAGCAGCAGCAGCAGCAGCAGCAGCAGCAGCAGCAGCAGCAGCAGCAGCAGCAGCAGCAGCAGCAGCAGCAGCAGCAGCAGCAGCAGCAGCAGCAGCAGCAGCAGCAGCAGCAGCAGCAGCAGCAGCAGCAGCAGCAGCAGCAGCAGCAGCAGCAGCAGCAGCAGCAGCAGCAGCAGCAGCAGCAGCAGCAGCAGCAGCAGCAGCAGCAGCAGCAGCAGCAGCAGCAGCAGCAGCAGCAGCAGCAGCAGCAGCAGCAGCAGCAGCAGCAGCAGCAGCAGCAGCAGCAGCAGCAGCAGCAGCAGCAGCAGCAGCAGCAGCAGCAGCAGCAGCAGCAGCAGCAGCAGCAGCAGCAGCAGCAGCAGCAGCAGCAGCAGCAGCAGCAGCAGCAGCAGCAGCAGCAGCAGCAGCAGCAGCAGCAGCAGCAGCAGGAGCAGCAGCAGCAGCAGCAGCAGCAGCAGCAGCAGCGCAGCAGCGGCGGCGGCGGCGGCACCAACCUUGCAGGAUGCGCUCGAGAGUGGCAGCGACGAGGUCAAAGGGCGGGCGCAGCAGCGGGUCGAAGCUGACGCAGGUCUGCGCGAGCAGCGCAAAGGAGUGGAAGGAGUUGUGGCGGGCCGGCGGGCGCGACUCCAAUAGGAACGGCUCUAUCAGCUCGCCCCACCGCCUCUCCUCCAGAUACGGCUGCGCCUGUUGUGGGUUGGUUGGAGAAAGGGAGAGGGGAGAGGAACAGGUAUAG